GUUCGCGAUACAGCACGAGAAAGAACUAACAACUGUUGUUGAAAACCUCAGGAAGGCCCAACACCGCAUGAUAGAACAGGCUAAUAAGCACCGUCGCCCCUCGCAGUUUCAGGGCUUUAUGCAAAGGGCUUGCCUUGGCGCACAAGUUCGGAGGAAGGCAAACCCGACGACGAUCAAGUUGGCGGAUGGAAAAACGCAGCAACUUCUCGACCGUUACAUCGAGGUCGUACCAGUUUAUUUCGCACCUCAUGCAUGCGAACCGGUGACGUUCCACAUCUUGGACACGGACUUCGACAUCAUUCUGGGAAUGCCUUGGCUUGCAAGUGCGGAUCACACUGUCAACUUCCAGCGGUGGACUCUUAGUGUUUGCGACGCCUUCGGCGCCGAAGUGGCGUGUACUAUUCCUUUACCGCACCCUUCGAUUCGGUGCCAAGUGGUGACAACCAUAUCAUUCUGGGCGACUUGCACUUACGAGCAGCCGGAGGAGAUCGGCCUAUGUUUCCUACAGACCGUCGCGGUAGCCGACGCUUCACCCACAGACUUGUCUUCGGACCCCCGAGUGGUGCGGUUGCUGGACGAGUUCGCCGACAUCUUCGAGUCACCUACCGGUCUGGUGCCGGAUCGGCCGAUCUCUCACGAGAUCAUUCUUGAGGUCGGUGUCGUGCCGUGGAAAGGUUGCAUCUAUCGGAUGAGCGAGGAGGAGCUUGAGGUCCUCCGCGCACAACUCGACGACUUGUUGACCAAGGGCUGGAUCCGCCUUAGUAGCUCCCCAUAUGGAGCACCAGUUCUCUUCGUCCGGAAGAAGAACAAGGAUCUACGAUUGUGUAUCGACUACCGCAAGCUCAAUGCGCAAACCGUCAAGAAUGCGGGGCGUCUUCCUCGCACCGACGAUCUUCUUGAGCGAUUGGGCAGCGCAAAGUAUUUUUCUAAGUUGGAUUUGAAAUCGGGAUAUCAUCAAAUCUCGAUCCGGUCGAAUGAUUGCUACAAAUCCGCGUUCAAGACGCGGUACGGGCAUUUUGAGUGGGUGGUCAUGCCUUUUGGCCUCACCAACGCCCCGGCGACCUUUCAAGCGGCAAUGACCAAUGAGUUUCGUGCAAUGUUGGACCGGUUCGUGCUGGUCUACUUAGACGAUAUUCUCGUGUAUAGUCGGACUUUGGAGGAUCAUCUUGGGUACCUUCGACGAGUGUUGGAGACGCUCAGCCGCGCCAAGUACAAGGCCAACCGCGACAAGUGCGAAUUUGUCCGACAAGACCUGGAAUACUUGGGCCAUUUUGUCACACCGGAGGGCAUCAGUCCGCUACCAGGCAAGAUUCAAGCCAUCCAAGGGUGGCCGGAGCCUCGGAACGUCACGGAUGUUCGCUACUCGAAGAUCGCGGCCCAUUUGACCAAGCUUCAAUGCGAGGAUCGACCGUUUGACUUCGGAGAGGAGGCGCGGGAAUCAUUUUUGGCACUCAAAGCCGCGCUAUUAUUUGCGGAGGUCUUGCGCAUAUACGACCCGCUUUUGCCUACACGCGUCACUAUGGAUGCGUCCGACUAUGGCAUUGGUGCCGUCCUCGAGGAACAUGAUGGUGUGGACUGGCACCCGGUUGAGUAUUUCAGCAAGAAAGUGUCCGUCGUGCAUUCCAUUGACGAUGCACGCAAGAAGGAGUUCCUCGCCUUCGUCCACACGCUCAAGCGGUGGCGGCACUUCCUCCUUGGUCGAAGCCAAUUUCGAUGGGUAACGGACAACAAUCCGUUGGUCUUUUACAAGACCCAAGGCACCGUCAACAGCAUCAUCACUCAAUGGAUGGCUUUCAUCGACCAGUUCGACUUCUUUCCCGAUCACAUCCCGGGGAAGUCGAACCAUUUUGCGGAUGCUCUUUCACGACGUUCGGAUCAUUGUACCGCGGUCUACUCAACCUUUGAGAUCGAGAACGACCUCCGAAACAGCUUCGUCCACGGCUACCAAGCCGACCCCGAGUUUCGCGACAAGUACGCGAAUUGCUCCUCUCCUAAUCCGGCGCGUUCUCACUACCGGAUCCAAAAGGGGUACUUGCUUGUCCACACGCGGGGGAAGGACCUUCUUUGCAUACCGAGUGAUCCUCACUUGCGUACACGGCUUCUUGGCGAGUUCCACGAUGUUCCUGCCAUGAGUCAUGCAAGGUUUGCCGACGCUGCAAAUCCCGCAACCAUCGUCCGUACGACGAGUUACGACCAUUACCGGUCCCAUUGAGGCGAAGGGAAGCGAUUGCCAUGGACAUUACCUGCUCGUUCCCCAAGCACAAGACCGGUGUGGAUGGGAUUCUCACGGUGGUCG